AUGAAUGAAAAUCUCAAAGAUAAAAUUUUAACUUGCAUCCAUACAUUAAAUCAAGAAAUUUUAUUUCUGGAUCGUAUUAUAUAUAAGUUUAAAAAUCAGCAUGGUAGAUUGGAUUAUUUUUGUGGAUUAUUAUAUACAAAGAAAAAUGUUAAAUAUUUUCAAGAUGCAUUAAAUAUUACAUUUAAUGAUUAUAUCUUAAUAGAUCCUAAUUCAUUCUAUGCAAAUAUUCUAGAUCUAAAAAGAAUUAGUAGACGAAUUAUCUGGCAAAUAGGAGUAACUGGACAAUAUAUUUCUAGGAUUUUAUCACAUGGAUUUUUCCUUCCAUUUACAUUAUUAAUAUUAUCUUGUAUAAGUAGAUUAUUUUGUUUAUUUCAAAAUUUUAAUUAUAAUUUCAAUAUAAUUUCUAAUAUUUUAUCUUUAAAUAAGAAGUCUAAUACUAUACUUAAAUCUAACAAUAUAGAAUUUAAAUCAUUACAAUAUAAUUCUGUUAUUAUAAAUGAAGAAGAUGAAGGCCAAGUUAUAGAUAAUUUAAGUCUAGAAGAUGGUAUUUUUAAUCCAAUUGUAUCAGAUUCUUCUAAUUUAUAUCAAAAUUAUAUUAUAAUUUCUAAUACUACUUCAUAUAUUAAAGAUAAAACUCACUUUUCAGGUAAAACAUGGUAUUUACAUAAGAAAUUACGUUCUAGAUAUAAUAAAAUUUAA